GCAUGCUUGCGAUGAAUCCGUAAUUCGUCAUGUACGAACAGACUUUUGGGAGAAGACCGAACGAGGAAUGUAGGCGAGAAAUGAUCGAUGGUGAGCGGAUCGACAGUGGAGAUAGACGACCUUGUCUUGAUGUGCAAUUGAUCGACAAGUCGAUGCAGCCUUUCUGCAUCCGCUGGGUGGACAAGGUCAUAGAGGUUGUGGCCCUUUAGCUCGUUCGAGCCAAGGUUCAGCACACUGAACGAUUCCUCACUGACGCGCAGGCACUCGAGGUGCAGCGUACAAAUUCAAGUAACCGUGGUCAAUCCUUGCUUCAAAUGACCUGACGAACAAUUGCUCGGUAUUUGCGGUUGCCACCAGGUUGGUAUGUCCCAGUAUCGUUGAAAAAUCCCUACCAGCAUGGCAUGCUGCGUUUCUGAGUUCUCUCAGUGUGAUGAGAAGUCUGCCUUUGAUAUGUUCUGGUCGGGAAUUGCGAGUUGUCGUGGACCUCUUGAUCCUGUUGAAUCUAUAAUGCCACAACAUUAUCGAGACGCGCCCCUGUGAUGAGAAUUGGGACGCCUGCUUUAAAUCUGGCCUUGAU